UCUCUCUGCGAGGCUCUUUCUGAAGCAUGCAGGACACUGUCGUUCAUCUUUGUUAGUGAUGGGGCCUAAUUUGCUUGUCUUAGCUAAUGAGCUUAGCCCGUGCUGAGGAGCCGUUAAGCCUGCAUGUGGUCGUAGUGGGCCCUGCUAAGCGUUGAGUUAGAGGAACCAGAGCAGAGGAGUGGAUCUUAGAAGGGGCAGAGCUGCAGCCACAGCUUCACCACUCCAGGACCACCUCUACUACCGGCACUGCAGAUGGGACGUCUCUCUCUCUCUCUACACUCUUCACUCCCUCCCUGCUCUGCCUCUCUCUCUAAUGCUACCUGACCCCCCUCUGUCUCCCUCUCUAUCCGUCCCGGAGCACUGACAAACUGCUUUUGUAGCUACAUCACUUCUUAGGCAGCUGCCCCUCUGUCUACCUUUCUGUCUUUCCAUCUCUUUCACUCCUUUUCUGUCUUACCCUGUCCCCGGACUUUUGUUGCCAAAAUGUAUCGGAACCCGUGGAUCUCGAAUUACCUGACUCAUGUCAAGUUUUGCAGCCAAGGACUUGGGAGCGAGACCCCCAUUAAACUAAACAACCCCAGAUUGCUACAGAAGAGAGCUUUGAGCUUCCCGAAAGAAUUCUCCUUCGACGAAAAAGACGACCCAGCCAAAAACACCAAGGAUAUAGAUGUUAGUCUCUUGGCCAAUCUCCCUAAAGUCUCUGAAUUGAGGAAACGAUUUGAAGGCAUUACCACAAGCGCAAGUGACUGGGAAAUGAACAGAAAGGAGCGAAUUGCUCGGCGGUUGGAGGGCAUAGAGGCCGAGGCACAUCCGUCCCUGCUGCCUAGCUUGGUGGCCAACCGGCUUCUGGAGGAGGACACGCCACGAUACACCAGGGCCUCCGAUCCCUGUGAGCCCUUUGGGGUUACAGUCCAGCGGUUUGGCACGGAGGGAUUUGAAAGCCCAGAAAUGCAGCUGACGGCUCCAGAGCGACAGUCCAGAGCUCGAUGCAGAAAUGAGCCUCCGUCCUCCAUUCACACACAGCCUGUGUACACCUCGGGCCCCACCACCAGUGCCCUCGAGCUGGAGUCCAAGGCCGAGCGCAUCGCCCGCUACAAGGCGGAGCGGCGCCGGCAGCUGGCAGAGCGCUACGGCAUCUCUUUAGAUCAGGAGCCGGACUCUGACCAACCCCCCCGCUACACUCGCACCCAGAAGGAGCCGGAAGGCUCCGAGAAGCGGAUCCGAGGGAGGCAUGGGGAGGAAGGGCGGGAUAUCACCCAGAGUUCUUACACCAACACUUCUGCCACUAGCCCAAGGGCGGGACGCACGUCACCACAGCACGGCCACCCCGACCAUGGUUACGAGCUGGGUCGACCCAGGGUGGACUCGUUCUCAGAGAGGGAGAGGCUGAUGAACCUGGAGAAUCAACGUAGGGCUGCGCCUCCUGAGCCUCCUUCCUCCUCCUCAUACAUGGAUGUGACACCAUUGUCCUCAUCUGUCAGGGUGCCCACCAAGGACUCUUCAGUCACAGGGAAGCCAGCGAGUUCACCCAAGCUGAGCAGGCACCUUUCGCUCUCCUCACCUAAACAUGGGGUGUCUCCUGGGGACCUGUUCAUCGAGCAGCAGGCCCACCACAUCCUCAGCAGACAGGGUGCAAGGGCGAAACUGAGCACUGAUUGGUUCCUCCAGACUGAUGCUGAGGGCGACACCCAUUCCCUCAUCAACUGGCCCUCGAGAAUCAGAGUUAGGGAGAGGCUUGCCAGAGAGGAGGGCCACCAGAGAGGCCCAGAGCUAGGAAAUGUUACCGAAGCUCCGGUGUCCCGCAGACAAUCUAAGGACCAGAACUCUAAACGAUAUCACGCCGACCCACCAGGCCUCCAGCAGGCUUACUCCCAUCCCCACCAAAAUGCCCAGGCUCAGAUCACCCGACCUGGGCCACCGGGAGGACAAGAAGUUGGCGGUUACCCCAGUUAUCUGUCCAUGGCCUCUGGUCCCACAUCCAGAGCCGGGCCGCAGCAGCAACAGCCCCAGGGGGAAGAGACUGGGGAGUCAGAGGAUGUGAAGACAGAGGGCCUUCUAAAGAGCAGGAAGGCAGUGCUGCCCUCUGAAAUCCGCCGCAGGGAGAGGAGCACUGAGGACCCACGGAGAGGAGGAGGGGAAGAGGAGCUAGAGAUGUCAAGGGCACUGAGUCUUGCAAGGGAGGCCGAGGUAGAGGAGCCUACAAGAGGAGGACAUAGAAGCAGUCCCAGGUGGGACGACACUGAGCACACCUCUUAUCCGCAAGCAUCAGAGAGCAGGCCCAGAGAACGGGAAAAUGCCACUUAUAUCCAGAAAGGGGGGGUUGCUGCCACCCACAUCCAGCCCAGAGAGGCACAUGCAGGCCCAGGAAGCUCCACCUCCAGCCUAGCUCCGAGUCGCUUGGUGUGGGAGGCUGGGGAUCCACGAGGGCUCAGUCAGAAGAACCUGCAGCACCAGGCCCAUGACCUCCGAGAGGUCAGGGAGGGUGAUGGACGGAGUAACCGAGAAAGUCACCAGGACAGCCGGGUGUCUGUGGCCCAGCUCCGACAUUCCUACAUGGAGAGCACCACCACCCCUCCAACCAGCCGCAGGACUGAGCUUGAGGUUGAAGGGGACAGGGCACUCACAGGCCACGGUGCCCUAUGGAGAGGGGAGAGGGACAGGGGGCGCAGGCCCCGACAGUAUAUCUAUCCCGGGGAGGGUAGAAAGACCUCAGAGAGGUUUAGGACGCAGCCCAUCACUUCUGCUGAGCGCCAGAAGACUGAUAGGUCCUGCGUGAGUUCAGAUCUUGCUUCCACUGAAGCUGAUGAAGAGACUCUAGAUGAACGGGCCAAGCUGAGUGUAGCAGCCAAGCGUUCUCUCUUCAGGGUGCUGGAAAAGACAUUGGGGGGCGGAGCUCCAAAGCCACAUCCAAAAGCGGGGGUGGACAGGAGACUAAGACGGACACAAGCCGAUCCAAAAACUCACCUCACCCGAAAAUAUAAUCCCCGCAUAAUGUUGGUUCCGCCAAUUUGUAAUCCUGCACUUCAUAACUGUAAGACUCCCGUUCACUGCACUGUGUACAACGCGCUGGGGUGUGCCCUCCUCCAACUGUGUCAGCACUGCUCACUGCUGGCACGCGUCCCUAGCCCCACCCUAGUUACCAGCACUGUCCAGCCAUACAGCCUGCAGGCGUCCUUGCAGCAGAGUGCCGCCGCCCGGGAGCAGGCGCGGGAGAACCGGCAGAUGCAGGAAACCCAGGAGGUCCAGCGCUCGAAGCCCGCGUCCACGGUGGAGGGAAAAGGUCAGGGUCAAGAUGAGCCUGAUCUCUGCACUCUCAGCCUGGCAGAAAAGAUGGCGCUGUUCAACAGACUGGCUCAGCCUCCCAUCAGGGUUACCCGUACCAGGGGGGACACACGCCAGCGCAGGACCAACACUCGCUACCAGACACAACCCAUCACACUGGGAGACAUGGAGCAGGAGCCUUCAGACGUAGACGUCAGGGAUGAACAGGAGCUGGGUGACAGCCCGGUAGAGCACCUACAACUUCACAACGGUACAGGCUCUCGGUUGGGACCCCUCCCUACUUCGUCAUCCUCCUCUUCUGCUCUGAGAGAAGACACUGUCUCCACUGACCAUGCCGGAGACAUCCACAUAACCAGAGCGGCACCCAGGGUCCAACCCCUGACCCCCAGCGCUGACAGCUCUCUGCCCGCUCACCACCCAGACGCCCCCCCCUGGAGGUCCCUGAACUCCGCGGACCAUCAGAGAUACCAAAUCCUUCCUCAGGGAGAAGACGGAGCUGAUCAGUGGCCAGGGAAGAGGAAGCUUCCCUCUCCAGAGGGAGCGGUCAGGCAGGUCGCUCUGCCCCAGCCCCUGACUGGAAGAGAGAGGAGGGAGGAAGAGGAGGAGGAGUGGCUAACCAGAGGGUGGGGAGACAGAGCUGUGCAGAGCUCAGAGAGCCACAUGCGCCAGGAGAGGCUGGAGGCGUAUCUAAGGGAGGAAGCACACUACCCAGACGGCCAGAAGAGCAGGGCCAUCAGUGGAGAGCCUCCGGAGUCCACUGCGGUGACGUCAUCUGGUUCGCCCAGCAGCGUGUGUCGGCCUCCUGCGGACACACACACAGACGGCCUGGUUCAGCCGGUGGAGGAAGACGAGCUGUGCAACAUGAUGAUGGCCAGACACAUGUCCAUCAAAGAGAGAGUGGCCUUGUUGAAGAAGAGCGGCGAGGCCGACUGGAGGAACAGGAUCAAUAAGAAGCAGGAUGUGGCGAAGGUUGCCGUGGGCGACCAGCACGCUCAGCACUGGGAACUGGAGCAGAGCUUCAAGAAGAAGGACGAUGAAGCACAGAUGCUGAUCGAUGAGUUUGCUGUGUCCGACCUGCUAUGGGAACCGGUCUUUCCCUCUACUUUUUCUCCUCCUCCUGAGCCUGCGAUCCGUACUCCAUCCUCUGACGAGUCCGCCAACCAGACCACAAGAUCUCCCAGACCCAUGCAAGUGGAUGAGAAACACCCCUGGAGACGGAAGAGAAUAGCUGAGGCUGAGAUGGAUUGCCAGGGGAUGGAGGCUCACAUGUCCAUCCAGGAGAGGAAAGAGCUGAUAGUAGCCCAAGAGGAGGCCUGGAAGAUGAAAGGCCACGGAGCCGCCAAUGACUCCACCCAGUUCACUGUGGCUGCCCGCAUGGUGAAGAAAGGGUUGGCCUCCGCCUCCGCCCUCCAGUCUACAGUGUCCUCCAAACCCAAGAACAGCAGCCUUGCAAUCUCCAAACCACAGGAAGACCUGGAGGAGAUGUCUGAUAUCGAAGAGAUCAAGGCCAUACCAGACCUGACCCUGGAGUCAGACAUGAAGCUGGACAAACUGGAGUCCUUCCUCGGCAAGAUCAACAAUAAAGUGUCUGGACUGCCAGAAGCAACCAUCACCGUUACACAGAAGAAGGUAAAGGAAGUGAUGAGCCUCGAAGAUGAAACUUUUUCCAAAUUCUACCGCCACGUGGAGGAGCUCCCCUCCACCACCAACAAGGUGGAGAUAGACGACGACUUUGACGCCAUCUUCGAUCCCCAGGUGCCAAGGCUGACCUCGGAUAUGGUGCAACACAGGCGGGCGGUGCGCCCGACGCGCAACGUCCAAUCAUCUCGGAACCCUCUGAAGAUGCUGGCUGCCAGGGAGGACAUCAGACACGAGUACACAGAGCAGAGGCUCAACAUCGGCCUGCUGGAGAGCAAGAGGAUGAAGGCUGAGAAGAUGAAUAAGAACUCUGGUUUCUCGGAUGUGGCUCUGGCUGGUCUGGCCAGCAAGGAGAACUUCAGCAACGUCAACCUGCGCAGCGUCAACAUCUCGGAGCAGAUGUCCAACAACAGCGCCGUGCCUUACAAGAAGCUCAUGCUCUUACAGGUCAAAGGCCGACGGCACGUGCAGACCAGGCUGGUGGAGCCCCGAGCGUCCUCCCUGAACAGCGGCGAUUGUUUCCUGCUCAUCACGCCACACAACUGCUUCGUCUGGAAUGGAGAGUUUGCCAACGUCAUUGAGAAGAACAAGGCUUCAGAGUUGGCCAAUUUCAUCCAGAGGAAGAGAGAUUUAGGUUGCCGAGCUAACUAUGUCCAGGUCAUCGAGGAGGCCGUCGGCACAAAUAGCCACGCUGCCAAAGAUUUUUGGAAAAUCCUGGGAGGGCAGUCGAGCUAUCAGUCUGCAGGAACCCCAGAUGAAGACGAGCUGUACGAGGGUGCCAUUGUGGAGACAAACUGUAUUUACCGCCUGAUGGAUGACAAACUGGUCCCAGAUGAUGAUUUUUGGGCCAAGGUGCCCCGGUGUUCCCUGCUCAACCCCAAGGAGGUUUUGGUGUUUGACUUUGGCAGCGAGAUGUACAUAUGGCAUGGUAAGGAAGUAACGCUGACCCAGAGGAAAGUGGCCUUCCAGCUGGCCAAGCACCUGUGGAACGGCACCUUUGACUACACAAACUGCGACAUCAACCCGCUGGACCCGGGAGAGUGCAACCCACUCAUACCAAAGAAAGGCCAGGGCCGCCCGGACUGGGCCGUGUUCGGCAGACUGACACAACACAAUGAAACCACCCUCUUCAAAGAGAAGUUCCUGGACUGGAGCGACUCCAGGAAAACACCAAGUCCCACAAAAAAGGACGACCACACCGCUGAUCAAAAGGAGCAGCCCAUGUCUGAUCAGCCCCACGCGUACGCCGCCGCCCUUAUGCUGCCCCUCCAUCAGGCGCCCGUCUGCACCAAACUGGACGGGUUCAAUGUGGGCCGGGGUUACGGCCUGGUGGAGGCAGAGGACUGGCGGAGCUACGAGGUCAGCACGCUGGCUGUGGAGCUGUGGCACAUCCUGGAGUUUGACUACAGCCGUCUGCCGCUGCAGAGCAUCGGCCAGUUUCACGAGGGCGACACAUACGUGAUGAAGUGGAAGUAUAUGGUCAGCACUGCAGUUGGGAAGAGACAGAACCCGGAGCAGCAGAAGAUGACAGGGGCCGGGAAAGAGAAGUGCUGCUACUUCUUCUGGCAGGGCCACCACUCCACCAUCAGUGAGAAGGGAACAUCAGCACUGAUGACGGUGGAGCUGGACGAGGAGCGCGGACCACAGGUUCAGGUCCAGCAGGGUAAGGAGCCUCCAUGUUUCCUGCAGUGCUUCAAAGGAGGGAUGGUCGUCCACUCAGGGAAGAGAGAAGAGGAGGAGGAACACUCCCAGGGUGACUGGCGUCUGUACUGUGUGCGGGGGGAGGUGGAGGUGGAGGGCCACCUGCUGGAGGUGGCCUGUCACUGCAGCAGCCUGCGCUCCCGGGUCUCCAUGGUGCUGCUGAGCGCUAGCCAGUCCCUCAUCUACCUGUGGCAUGGCUGCAAGGCUCAGGCACACACGCGGGAUGUGGCACGCACCGCCGCCAACCACAUCAAAGAACAUUGCCCCCUGGAAACCGGCCUCCACAGCAGCAGCAAGGUGACCGUCCGGGAAUGUGACGAGGGAUCAGAGCCCACAGGAUUCUGGGAACCCCUCGGGAGGAGGGACCGGAAAGCGUACGACUGCAUGCUGCAAGACCCGGGGAGGUUUAACUUCACACCACGUCUGUACCAGUUGAGCAGCAGCUCGGGGGAGUUUGCAGCGGUGGAGUUUCUUUACCCUGCCAGAGAGCCCAGGAAAGUCAACUCUAUGCCUUUCCUGCAGGAGGACCUUUAUGCAGCUUCCCAGCCAGCCCUGUUCCUGGUGGACAACCACCAUGAGGUGUACCUGUGGCAGGGCUGGUGGCCUCAGGACAGUGAAAGCACCGGCUCAGCCCGAAUCCGCUGGGACUCGGACAGGAAGUGUGCCAUGGAGACUGUGCUGCAGUACUGCAGAGAAAAGAAUGAGAAGAAGCCUCCCAAAGCGUACCUGAUCCACGCUGGUCUGGAGCCGCUCACCUUCACCAACAUGUUCCCCAGCUGGGAGCACCGAGAGGACAUCGCUGAGAUCACUGAGAGGGAGGCGGAGGUGUGUAACCAGAUUAUCCUGGUAGAGGACGUGUUGGCCAGGCUGUGUAAGACGGCGUACCCACUGGCAGAUGUUCUGGCCCGGCCGCUGCCUGAGGGCGUUGACCCUCUCCGCCUGGAGGUCUACCUGUCUAAUGAGGACUUUGAGGGUGGAGGGGCUUAUGGGAAGAAAGCCCUGGACAUGACCAGAGAGGAGUACGGGGCCUUGCCUGGCUGGAAGCAGGUGAAGCUGAAGAAAGCCAAAGGGCUUUUUUAAAAACGGUUGGAACGGAGAGCCGGCCAGAAGACACCCGGAUGUUGUUUUUGUCUCCUCUUUGCUUCACGUCGGGACACAACAGAGGCUCAGAAUAGAAACUGUGUAUGUCUACUAUGCUUGAGUAAAUGAAACCCCUAGCAACAAAAUUGCUU